AAUACAACAGCCUUUACCCUAGAAAAUUUCAGAAGCUCAUUCUCUCUCUCUCUCUCUCUCUCGCCGUUCUUCUUCUUCAAUGUUUCGCCAAAAAUAAUUCUGAUAAAAAUCCGUUUCUUCUCUGAAUUACUUUGUUUCAGGAUGGAUAGGGUUUGCAUCUAUAUUGCUUACAAUGGCAAAUGGACUACAGAUUACAAGUAUUUGGAUCAUGAGAUCAAGCUAAUUCUUGUGAAUGAUGGGAUAACGUUUGAAGGUCUCGUUGAGAAGAUUUUUCAGAUUCUAAAACUGAAAACGGGUGAGAUUAAAGCAAAUAUUUGGUUUGACACAAAUCUAGAAACAAGCAAAGGAAUGCUAGUAACAAAUGACGAGGAAGUUACUACUUGCAUCUACUUGUUGAAAAAUGAUCCAAAUUUCAAGACUUCCCGUUUCAUUGUUGAUAUUGCAGAAAGCAAUUCUUUGUCUUCUGUCAAUAUUGUACAACAAGAGGAAAUGCAAAUUGAAAGAGAUGAGGCAUCGAUACCUGUUGAGCCAAUAUCAGAGUUUGAACCUCUGGAAACAAAAUCGUCACAUGGUAUGAAACUGAGAAAAAGGGCCCAGAACAGAAAAGUAUCCAAAAAAAGAAAAAGGUCGAGGAGUAAAAGAGAUGAUUUGCCAAGUGUGAUUUUGAGAGAAAAUGCUUCAUUGGAUGAAAUAGUUGUGGGAUCUUUGUUUGCGAACAAAGAAUGUUUAAAGAAAUGUUUCACAAAUAGCGCAAUCAGAGACCAUUUCAAAUUCAAGACCGUCAGAUCAACCAAAAAAAGAUAUUAUCUAAAGUGUUAUGAUGACAAAUGCCGUUGGUUUUUGCAUUCUUCACGGAUCAAUGAUUCUGCAUUAUUCAAGAUUUGUAAGUAUGUGAAAAACCAUACUUGCUCUGCUGAUGUGUUUAAACCUGACCAACAACGGCACGCAACAUCAAGGGUCAUAUCUGAUUACAUCCGUGAGCUUCUACCUGAAUAUGAAACAGAAAUGACACCAAAUUUUGUGAAGGAAGAAAUGAGAAAGAGAUAUGGACUGAAUAUUAGUUACCACAAAGCAUGGCGUUCAAUACAACUAGCCUUUGGUGUGAAAAAUGGAAGUCCUGAACAGAACAAUGACUUGCUUCUGUCUGAACCAGAACAGAACAAUGAAUUCCUUCCGUAUGAACCAGAACAGAGCAAUGAAUUCCUUCCGUAUGAACCAGAACAGAACAAUGGAUGGCUUCCAUCUGAACCAGAACAGAACAAUGAAUUGCAUAGGUCUGAACCAGAAGAGAACAAUAAAUUGCUUCCCUCGGAGCCAGAACAGAAGAAAGAAUUGUGUCUCUCUGAACCAGAAGUGAGAAAAGAAUUGCUGCAAUCUGAACCAAAACAGAGCAAUGCAUUUAAUCCGUCUGAACCAGAACAGAAAGAAUUACUUCCGUCUGAACCAGAACAGAAAGAAUUACUUCCGUCUGAACCAAAACAGAACAACGAAUUGCUUUCAUCUGAAGAAAAAAAAACCUCGGAAGGGAUGAUCAAACUCAAACCUGAUAGGGUCUAGCAAAACUGUAGCAUACCGUAUAUUCCUUUUCAAAUCCGGACAACUGAGAGCGGCUAUUGAUCUUAAUGCCAGCUUACUCUGGACACAAUAAUUUACAUCAUAGUUAUUCUGGCACUACGUUGUACAAAGAGAAGUGUAGUGAGUUUCACUUUAUCAGAUUUAUCAUGUUUCCUUCACAUUAUUAUAGUUCGACAUAAUAUGUUUCUGGUACAUACCUCUUUUCCUGUAAACUGCACCUGAAUAUGGUGAAGGGAGUGGCAGAUAAUCGUCCAACUUUUGGGCGUAAUUCAUUGGAGAUAGGAAUUAUUA